CGAUUCGCCGACGAAAGACGCUUUCUCUGAUCGGUUUGCCGCGAAAUUCCGGGAAAUUGAAGAAGGUAAAAUCUUUUAGGGUUUUGCGAUGAGAGGCGUGAAGCUGUUGCCGGAGGCGGUUCGGAGCUCGAUUCGGUCUGGAGUGGUUCUGUAUGACGUGGCUAGGGUUGUGGAGGAGCUCGUCUUCAAUAGCUUGGACGCUGGAGCAAGAAAGGUGUCGGUUUUCGUGGGAAUUGGGACUUGCUAUGUGAAAGUAGUGGAUGAUGGAUGUGGGAUUACUCGUGAUGGAUUGGUGUUGCUGGGAGAAAGAUAUGCCACGUCGAAGUUUGGACAAUGUUCUGAGGGGGAUGGUGCGGGUGGGAGUUUUGGUUCCAGAGGGGAAGCAUUGGCUUCGAUUUCUGACGUGGCAUUGCUUGAAGUUGUCACGAAAGCGUCGGGGAGGCCAAAUGGGUAUCGUAAAGUGAUGAAGGGAUCCAAAUGUUUGUAUCUUGGAGUAGAUGACGAUAGGAAGGAUGUGGGCACAACAGUUGUUGUUCGUGAUUUGUUUUACAAUCAACCAGUUCGGAGGAAGUGCAUGCAAUCCAGCCCAAAGAAGGUACUGGACACUGUCAAGAAAUGUGUGCACAGGAUCGCGCUGGUGCACUCAAAGGUUUCCUUUAAAGUUGUUGAUAUAGAAAGUGAGGAUGAGCUUCUUCGUACCAUUCCUUCUCCUUCUCCCUUGACAUUAUUGAGAACUGCUUUUGGGAUCGAGGUCUCUGAUGCACUUCAUGAAUUGAACAUAAGUGAUGGCAAAUUAGAGCUUUCUGGCUUCGAAUGCUGGGACCCAGGGACAGCUGUUGUUGGAUCCCACAACAGGAAGAGAAGUAGACCUCAAGCAUUCCCAGUUUAUGUCUUGAAUUUAAGUUGCCCCCACUCAUUCUAUGAUUUGACCUUUGAACCGUCGAAGACAUAUGUUGAGUUCAAGGAUUGGGUUCCUGUACUCAACUUUAUUGAAAAGGCCAUUCAAAGCUUCUGGAAGGAAAAGAUAUCCUAUGAGGUAUUCACUGCUUUUACGUUUCUAGUAGAACCUGCUUGUCAUGGAGCUGAUAUACGAAGAGAAGGUCGAAUGUGGGAGGAACAUGACAAUAUUGUAUCUGCAGAUGAAAAUUUGCUGGAUGUAGAUUUGUCAGAAAUGUCACCAAUAGGGAAAAAGAGAAGCAGGACACAAGAUUUUGAGACAUCUCCUGACAUUAUGAAGAUUUUAAGUAAAGAGGACAGCGAUGUAUCUCAGAGGAGGCAUGUCAGUGUUCCAUUCGACUACUUGCAUGGAAAUAUUGAUGAUGUCUUCAAAGAUCGAGCUAGUGAGAUUGAUUUUGGUCAUGAUACUGACUAUUCAUUUAAACCACGGGAUCAGAGUCUUGCUAAAUGUAUUCUCAGAACAACCCUGAAGAGGGAAAAUGAUAGUUGGAUGUCUGAAAUCAAUGUUUCACCCGAUGAAGAUUAUAUGAUGGAUAGUGGAUGCUCUGCUGCCAAAAGAUCCUGCAAUGUGGAAGAUAAUAUCUUUAGUUUUAGCAAGGGUUCAGCAGUUAUUGGAGUACCACAUCAUGAUUCCAGUAGCGAUGUGGAUGUCACCUGUGAUUUAAGACAACCUUUCCUCAAGAGUUGUUCCUCCCGAGGAAGGCUUCCAUCUGAGAGGGAUUUGUUUACAGAAAGUGGGAUUAAAUGUCAUAAUGAUUACAUUGGGAGUAAGAGAGUGUGGGAGGGCUCUUGCAACACUGCAGAUAUUUCAGAAAUUGAUGGCAGCUGUAAGAGAAUGUGUAGUGGUUCUUAUAAACGUGCAGAAGUUCCAGAUAUCCUGUCAAUGACUUCAUCACCAGGGAGGGUAUCUAGUGCUCAGCCCUAUCCCAGAGAUAGAUCAAAGUUUGAUCCGUUUGCAGAGUUUGACCCUCUGUCAGGAGCUUAUUUGAAUUCAAUACCAUCCUGUAGGGAGCUUUUUAAUGACUCAAGUUCAGACAUUGGCUCCUACAAUCAGACCUCAAAAACUGAAUGGUACUCAGUGACGUCCAAUCCCUUAUCCCAGAGUGCCUAUAUGGCUUUUGAACCUUUCUCUAAUGAAGAUUCAGAUGAAGGGUGUUACAGAUAUAAAUAUGAUAAGAGGGAUACUGAAAAGUAUUUUGUUGAUGCUGAAGAAUUUGAUUGCAGCUUUGGAUCGGAUAUUGUAUCAAAGAUCACAGAACACUGUGCUGCAGAUAUAGACUGUGGACUUGAUUAUGAUGUCAAAACUGGUUUUAGAAAAUUCCUUCACCAAGACAAAAUAGAUAGAGAGAUUUAUACUGGUCACCGAGAUAAAUUAGCUGAUGAGACAGAUUGGUUACAUUGGCAUUCACGCAGCAAAGAUAACAUAUGUAUUGACAUGCAUAAUAGACAUGAGGAACAGUUAAAAUAUCAGGAUAGUCUUAAGAAUCGUAUUUCAGUCAGAAGAUCGUUGCGAAGCCACUCAGCUCCACCAUUACCUAGAAGCAAGAGGAAGUACUUCACUUUAAACCAUCCUGCGCCAACAGAAAGCAAACAUGAUGCACAACCCUUCCAUGAUUCAGCUACUUAUCCAGAAGCUGGCACAAUGAAGGAUCUCUGUCAACCUCCUUAUGGUAGUCAUCAAAAUUUGAUGACAACUUCUGUGGAAGAUUUAUUGUUAGACACCAGAUGUGAAGAAUCUCAAGAUAUUAACGCUGGUGCAAGCAAGAUGCAAAGAUUGGAAAUGUUUGAGCAAUCUAAAAGGUCUGAGGUUCAAGCCAUGGCUCCAAAUAAAGAAAUUAUAUCCAAGAAUCAAGAUUCCCUGAACUGCGGGACCAAAUGGCGGAAUUGUUGUCCCCAAAACACAAGCACAAGUAUAAUGCAUGGUAGUCAAGCUGGAAAUGAUAUACUUGACAUAUCUUCCGGAUUCUUGCAUCUUGCUGCUGAUUCAUUAGUUCCUGAAUCUAUCAAUAAGAACUGUCUCAAGGAUUGCAGAGUUCUUCAGCAGGUGGAUAAGAAAUAUAUUCCAGUCAUGGCUGGCCAAACACUUGCUGUUAUUGACCAGCAUGCUGCAGAUGAAAGGAUCCGAUUGGAGGAGCUGCGUCUGAAGGUCUUGUCCGGAGAUGGAGAAGCAAAGACCAUUACUUUUCUGGAUAUUGAACAAGAGCUGGUAUGUAGAGACGAAUUUUUGGUUCUUGUUGCUAUAAUACAGAUGCUGCCGGAGAUUGGUUACCAGUUACUUCAUAACUAUGCUAAACCAAUAGAAGAGUGGGGUUGGCGCUGCAACAUACAUGCUCAAGAUUCAGGGUCUUUCAAGAGGAAUUUGAAUAUCCUUCACAGGCAGCCAACCGUCAUCACACUUAUUGCGGUUCCGUGCAUCUUAGGUGUCAAUCUAUCUGAUGUUGAUCUUAUGGAAUUUCUUCAGCAGCUUUCUGACACAGAUGGAUCAUCAACAAUGCCACCGUCUGUUCUUCGGAUCCUAAAUUCUAAAGCAUGCAGAGGUGCAAUUAUGUUUGGGGAUUCCUUGCUACCUUCAGAGUGUUCCCUCAUCGUUGAUGAGCUGAAGCAGACCUCAUUGUGUUUCCAAUGUGCUCAUGGUCGACCAACAACUGCCCCACUAGUAAAUUUGGAAGCGUUGCACAAGCAAAUAGCUAAGAUUGCAUCUUUGAAUCAGAAGAGUGGUGCAGAUCAAGGCUGGCAUGGAUUACAUCGACAUGAACUUAGUCUUGCACGUGCAGAACAACGUUUAAACUCGGCUAGAAGCUAGAAGGAUGAGAAUAUCAUGUCUACAAGUGACAUGUUCACUUUCUGAACUGGAUUUACAUUUUUGGAUCCAGAUGUAUAGCUUCCUUCCUAAACAAAACACAACAGCAGUUGUUGAUCAUGUAAUUAC